AUGAAAACUUUUGCGUUUAUGGGAGCUACUCGUGUCGGGAAGACUUGCUUGAUUCAUCGGUUAACAAAAAAUCAAUACUGUCAGGAUCCGUUGAGUCAUACGAUAGUACAUUCAUUGAUCGAUGUUCUUGGAAUUAUGACAAGGGUGUCAUUGGUGAAAGUGAUGGACAAAGAUUUAAAAAAUAAUAGAUUUGCCUUAAUUAGUGAUGUUUUUUUCUUAUGUUUUGCGUUGGAUGACAUUCAAACAUUAACUGAAUUGGAAAAAAUUUGGAUUCCAGCUCUUGUGAAUGUGAAAGAAGAGACGGACAUUAAAAUAAUACUUGUUGGAACUAAGGCAGAUUUACUGCUUGAUGAAUCCAUACCUAAACGUAAUAUUAUUCAAAAACGAGUGAUUGUUAAUUUUGUGGAAAAAUACAAGUCUAAUAUUCAAGGUACUUUUUUAACAAGCUCAAAAACAGGGUACAAUGUCAAAGAAAUCACUGAACACGUAUUUAGUUUGAAAGGGUAUACGUUUCAAAACUACUCGUUACCCAAGCCCAUACCUCCUGUUCUUCCUGACAAACCAGUCAAGCCACGUGCAUAUGCAAGAAAACCUUUCAAUGACGAGAAAUAUUUGUGUCUAUUGAAUAACAAUGACAUACAUGAUGUCACCUUUGUUGUAUUUGACAAACAGGAAGGAAACUUUAAGAAUAUAUAUUCUCAGCAAUUGAUCCUAAGCUGCUCUCCAUCCAAAGUACUCGAAGACCUAUUUACCGAAUUGUUAAAUGUAAAAUAUCAACAACAAUCUCACCAAGACAUCGAUGUGAGAUGUCACUUGAAAGGAAUACAUGAGCAAAACAUGUAUAGACAAAUAUUUUCAAACAUUGAAUACUCAGAUCUCGAUGGAAGUAUUACCAUGACACUAAUCAACGAUAUUACCUAUGAAGAGUUUUUGCCUGUCCUUGAAGUGACUUAUUGUGGAUGGUCAAAAACAUUAAAACGAAAUUUAAGGAAAAAUUCAACUCAAGAAUAUCAAGAAAAGGCUCUAUCCGUUGCUUCCUUGUUCAAGAUGGAACCUCUCACACAAAUGAUUCGAAACUUUCAAAAUUCUAUUGAAGAUUUAUUUCAUGAAACUGCCAAUUCACUUACUGAAGAACUCACUCACAAAAUUAAUGUAAAAUUCUAUAACAAUCCACUCAACGCAAACGUUCAAUUUAUUUGCCAUGAUACCAUCUAUCAUGCUCACAAAGCAAUGAUUUACACCAAUGGAGAAGUAUUUAAGAACAUGUUUGGUGUGGAUAAAUUUAUGGAAGGAACAAGCAAAAUGGUUCAAAUGGACCUCUUUCAAGGACUUUCAAUAAGCUCUGACGAAAAUCGUACAAAGUUUGCAAAAGAACAAGAGAGACGAAAAGUAUGUGAAUCCUUUUUAACCUAUCUCUACACGGGUCAUGCACGCCUUAGUAAUGAAAUUGUGGUGGAAAUGAUGGCUCUCUCCCAUCAAUAUGGUCUUCAAUGUCUUACCAUGCAGUGUGAAGUAUUUCUUUGUGAAAUGAUUGAUGCAUGUAUGUCUAAGGAUCGACCAGUCUCUGAUUUGAAGGAAAAACAAGAGAGAAUUUUGGAUGACGACGACUUGGAUUUAUUGACGUUAAUGGAAGUGGCCAAAUGGUACAAUGCCAAACAAUUGAAACGAUGUUGUUUGUAUUAUAUUGGACUCAACUAUGAUUUGUAUUUGAGACAUGCGUCGGAUGAUGAAUUGUUGAAAAACAAGAUUGAAAAACAUCGAUGGCCCUCAGCGAGCUAUUUGCGAAAAAAAGAAGAAUAUGAACACAGAAUCAAGGAAUACGAGAGAGGAGUGAAGAUUUUGAACGAGUACUUCUCCUCCGAAGAGGUGCCAUCAGUAAAGAAAAACACAGCAUCGCCUUGUGAAAUUCAAUAA